AUCGCACUAUCACUUAUGUUUAUAUUGUUUUAUUUUUAUUACACUUACUCUUCGUAAUGUUUUGUCUACUUAGUUUAGUAAAAUAGAGAUAAGAUAACGUUUAGUUUGCCUCAGUGCCUCGGUAACAAUGUCAGCGUACGGACCAGAGCAUCCUCGCAACCUUAUCCCAGAGCUGUGCAAUCAGUUCUAUCAUUUAGGAUGGGUGACGGGAACUGGUGGUGGCAUCUCCAUAAAAGAUGGGGAAAAGAUCUACAUAGCACCAUCAGGGGUACAGAAGGAACGGAUGAAGUCAGAUGACCUUUUUGUGCAGACAAUUAAUGAUGAAGAUCUUGAACUUCCACCUCCAGAGAAACAGCUGAAGAAGAGUCAAUGCACGCCUCUGUUCAUGCUGGCGUAUAAGGAGCGCGGCGCCGGCGCCGUCAUCCACACGCACUCGCCGCACGCCGUCCGCUGCACGCUGCUCUAUGAGAAGGAGUUCACCAUCACCCACCAGGAGAUGAUCAAGGGAAUAAAAGACGCCAUACUGGGUCGGUUUCUGCGCUACGACGAGAAGCUAGUCGUCCCAAUUAUCGAGAACACGCCUUUCGAGCGAGACUUGGCCGGCAGUCUCGGCGAGGCUCUGCGGCAGUACCCCGGGACCAGUGCUGUGCUGGUCCGGAGACACGGUGUUUAUGUGUGGGGGGAUACUUGGCAGCAAGCCAAAACUAUGACAGAGUGCUACGACUACCUGUUUGAGAUGGCGGUAGAGAUGAAGAAACUUGGCCUGGAUCCUACGUUCAACCCGGAAGCCCAGAAUAAACCUGCUAACUAAGGAAACUGGUGAUUGGCUACUAGUAUAUGCGAAAUGUUCGAUGGGGAAAGAACUGUGGACCAAUUAUCUACAGUAGCGGUCGGCAACAAGCGAGCCUCCCUGGCUAUUCUGUAUGUAAUAUUGCCAAACGCAAAUGUUAUAUAGUCACACAUAUUAACAAAGUGCGGCCCGCGUCAACUUCGUCAACUACUAUGUGGCCCUUGGCUGCUAAAAGGUUGCCGACCGCUGAUCUACAGCAUCCAGCUUCAUACAAAUCCAUAGGGGUGCAUUGAAAUCUGACGAUUUGACGAAUGAUCGUGAUCAUUACAUUUUUUAGUAAGAUUGUGUGGGUUCGCCAGAUCUGGACGGACUCCUUAGCAACUAAACGGCAAAAUAACCCACAUAUUUUCGUUAAUGUGAUAAAGCAAAAUAAACCUACAUAUGUGACAAAGACCAAAAGUUGAAGAAUCAGUAGGACAACAUUAUGAAUAUACUGAUUUAUACAUAGAUUAAUUGGUUUAUUGGAAAACACAAUUCCCCUAAUGAGGGCGCCACUGGACGGUUGACGCAGACUUAAGUUAUUCUUUCAUUACUUUGAACUUUAUAUUCAUAUCGCAAGACUCCACUAAUUAUUUUAAAAUAAAUAUAUUUUUGUAUAUUU